CACAGCCUGGCGCUGGGUGACACCAGCACCCUCCAGCGCUUCUACAACGCGGACGUGGCCGUGGUGGAGCUGAGUGACUCCAGCUGCCAACCCUCCCUCUUCUACCACCUGGGUGUCCGUUUGGAGGAGAAGCCGGCUGUGUUUGCAGCCCUGCCCGGGGAGGACAUCUGCCAGAAGAACUCGGACCUGUGCGGCCCCUACACCCUCAUCCCCUACACCAUCACCUCCCAGAACAAGGUCAUCUGCUGUGACACCAGGACCAUGAAAUGCCCAACAGAGCUUUUCCAACCCAACUUAGAGACGGAAGCUGCCUUCACCCCGCUGGCCACCCGCCUCGUCCAGCUGCUGGAGGGGAUCCCCACCAACUCCUGCGGGUAUUUUCGGGAGAUGAUCCGUCGGGAUAUCCGGAAGGCGCGGGAGAUGUACCGGGGGGAGCAGCUGAGCCGGGAGCUGACCCGUAUCCAGCAGCGCCUGGACAGCGUGGAGCUGCUCAGCCUGGACAUCGUGGUGAACCUUCUCCUGUCCUACCGUGACGUGCAGGAUUAUGAUGCCAUCAUCUCACUGGUGGAGACCCUCCAGGCGCUGCCGACCUGCACCGUGACCGUCCGCUUCCACUACGCCUUCGCCCUCAGCCGGCGUAACCGUGCUGGGGACCGGGAGGUGGCCUUGGGGGUGCUGCUGCCUGUGGUGGAGCGUGAGGAGGGGGCUGCACCCGACCUCCUCUGCUUGUGCGGCCGCAUCUACAAGGACAUGUUCAUCAGCUCCGGCCUCACCGACACCGAGACCAGGGACCGAGCUUUGUACUGGUACAGCAAAGCCUUCGAGGUAGAGCCGAGCCUCCACGCCGGCAUCAACGCCGCCGUCCUCCUGGUAGCUGCCGGCCACCACUUCGAAACCUCCGUGGAACUGCGGCAAAUCGGGGUGAAGCUCAGCUGCCUGCAGGGUCGCAAGGGCAGCCCGGGGGAGUUGCGCUACUACUGGGACGUGGGAUUUUGUCUCGGAGCUGGUAUCUUGGCCAACGACCUCAACAAAGUCAUCCAAGCUUCUGAGAAGCUCUACAAGCUCAACGCACCAGGCUGGUACCUGGACUCGGUCAUGGAGACCUUCCUGCUCUACAAACACUUCCAGAGGAGCCCUCAGGUCCUCUCCACCCGACAGAAGCUGGCUGAUUUCUGGCUGGGNUUCCUCCUCCAGGCGUGCCAACCUUCUGUCACCACACCACACUGCCCGGUACUGGUCCUGGAGCCCAGCAAGGUCCUGCAGCCAGCUCAGCUGGCACUGCACGGUGACAUGGAGGAGCCCACCCUGACACUUGCCCUCGUCUGCCCCACGGAGGAGAAAGCAGCAUCCAGCUGGACCUUUGCAGCCACGACCAUCCGGGGUGUCAGCAUCUGCAAGUGCGAUGAACGCGGCUGCUUCCUCUACGUGGUGCAGGCGGAGGAGGAUUUCCAGCUCUACUUCCCCUCCCAGGAGCAUUGCCGGUGGUUCUGUGAGCAGAUCCAGUCCCUCCUGGCCAAGCAGGUGGUGGGCACUGAGGAGAUGCCCAACCCCAUGCAGCCCAUCCUGGAGUACAGCUACGAGUACUCAGAGGAGGGCGAGCGGGUGGUCCUGGGCAGGGGGACGUAUGGGACCGUCUACGCCGGGCGCUGCCUCAGCAACCAAGUGCGCAUCGCCAUCAAGGAGAUCCCGGAGAGGGACAGCCGGUACUCGCAGCCCUUGCACGAGGAGAUCGCCUUGCACAAGCGCCUGCGGCACAGGAACAUCGUGCAGUAUCUGGGCUCCAUCAGCCAGGAUGGCUUCAUCAAGAUCUUCAUGGAGGAGGUGCCAGGAGGGAGCCUCUCAUCCCUGCUGCGCUCCAAGUGGGGACCCUUGAAGGACAACGAACCCACCAUCGUCUUCUACACCCGGCAGAUCCUCGACGGGCUCAGCUACCUCCACGAUAACCACAUUGUGCACCGUGACAUCAAGGGAGACAAUGUCCUCAUCAACACAUACAGUGGGGUGCUGAAGAUCUCUGACUUUGGUACCUCCAAGCGACUGGCGGGCAUCAGCCCCAGCACCGAGACCUUCACGGGCACCCUGCAGUACAUGGCCCCAGAAAUCAUCGACCAGGGGCCAUGGGGCUAUGGGAAACCAGCAGAUAUCUGGUCCUUGGGCUGCACAAUGGCCUCAGGCAAAGCCCCCUUCUGCGAGCUGGGCAGCCCCCAGGCUGCAAUGUUCAAGGUGGGCAUGUUCAAGAUGCACCCAGAGGUUCCUGAAUCCAUGUCAGAUAAAGCCAAGAAGUUCAUCCUACGCUGCUUCCAGGCUGACCCGGCCGAGCGGGCAACGGCCACCGCGCUGCGGCAGGACCCCUUCCUCACCGGUGCCAGGAGGGCCCGGAGCCGACCCCUGCCCACGACGGGGG